ACAUGUGUCCCUCGCCAACUAUGGGUGUCAUAAGUGAAGUCGCUGCAUCACAGCUGUUGGAUUUUUCACAACCACUGGACAUCGCUUUACUGGAUCGUGUAGUUGACUGUAUGUACAAUGAAAGUGGACCUCAGCAAAAGUUGGCGGAGAAAAUCUUAAAUACCUUGAAGGAACACCCAGAUGCAUGGAUGCGUGUCGACUCGAUUUUAGAAUUCAGUUCAAACAGGCAAACGAAAUACUUUGGACUGCAAAUUCUCGAGGCGUUGAUCAAAUCCCGCUGGAAAGUCCUUGCUCGACCUCAGUGUGAAGGUAUCAAAAAAUAUAUUGUCGGCUUAAUCAUUCAAACUUCUUCUAACAACGAGUUGAUAGAGUCGGAGAGGACCUACCUCGGCAAGUUGAACAUGAUCCUGGUUGAAAUAUUGAAACAUGAAUGGCCUGUCAAUUGGCCCACAUUCAUAAGUGAUAUUGUGGGUGCGAGUAAAACAAAUGAGUCGUUGUGUCAGAACAACAUGGUCAUCCUGCGACUACUCAGUGAGGAGGUUUUUGACUUUUCCCUCGGACAAAUGACCCAGACCAAAGCAAAACACUUGAAAGAUUCCAUGUGUCAGGAGUUCGGGCUUAUUUUCCAACUCUCGCAGUUCGUACUGGAGAAGUCGCAAAAUGCUUCGCUCGUUGUGGCCACUCUAGAAACACUGCUACGAUUUAUGCACUGGAUUCCCUUGGGCUACAUAUUCGAAACGAAUCUCAUACAAACUUUAGUGUUCAAAUUCUUCAAUGUGCCGCUAUUCAGAAAUGUCACACUCAAGUGUCUUGCUGAAAUAGCCGGGGUGAUGACCGAUGAAUACGGGACGCAAUUGGUGGAACUAUUCGUUUCAACAACAAAUAAACUGAAAGAAAUGUUGCCAUUGGAAACCAAACUAAAAGAGGCCUACGAGUCUGGAAGCAGUGAUGAACAGAAUUUCAUCCAGAAUUUGGCCAUUUUUUAUACAACUUAUUUGAAGUGCCAUAGCAAUCUGGUGGAAAAACAGGAAUUGCUCUGGUGCCUCCAGGAUGCGUAUGCCUAUUUGCUUAUGCUUUCAGAGGUUGAUGAACGCGAGAUUUUCAAAAUAUGUCUUGAAUACUGGAAUCUUCUGGUGGGUGACUUGUAUCGAGACAGCUUUCCCUGUGACCCAACAUUCAUGCGAGAUCGAUGUAAACAGUUUGAUCAUAUUCUCUCCAAGCUGCGGCGAAUUAUGAUCUCUCGAAUGGCUCGACCGGAAGAAGUGCUGGUCGUUGAAAAUGAGCACGGUGAAGUUGUUCGUGAAUUCAUGAAAGAUACCGAUGGAUUGAAUUUGUACAAGACUAUGCGGGAAACCCUGGUGUAUCUAACGCAUUUGAACUGCACGGAUACCAAGAAGAUCAUGAUAGAAAAACUUCACAGUCAAGUGGAUGGCCGUGAAUGGUCCUGGCAUAACCUCAACACACUGUGUUGGGCAAUCGGCAGUAUCUCAGGUGCUAUGCAAGAAGACGACGAGCGGAGUUUCUUGGUGGUUGUCAUUCGUGACCUGUUGGGCUUAUGUGAACAAAAACGAGGCAAAGACAACAAGGCUAUUGUGGCCAGCAACAUCAUGUAUGUUGUGGGCCAGUAUCCCAGGUUUCUGCGGGCGCACUGGCGUUUUCUAAAGACAGUCAUUACCAAGUUGUUUGAGUUCAUGCAUGAAACUCACGAGGGCGUUCAAGACAUGGCUUGCGAUACAUUUAUCAAAAUUGCUCAAAAAUGUCGCCGUCAGUUAGUCACUGUACAGUACGGAGAAACCGUUGAAUUCAUUGAGGAGAUCCUCCGAGAGAUCGAUAUAAUUAUCAAUGAUCUACAACCGCCACAAGUCAACACGUUUUACGAGGCUGUUGGUGUCAUUAUCAGUGCCCAGCAGGACCCGAAUGUACAGGGUGAGCAGAUCGAACGACUGUUCCGUCUGCCGAAUCAGAUAUGGGACAGUAUACUGUCCCGCGCAGCGACCGACGUUGAAAUCCUCAAGGACUCGGAGACAGUCAGACAAUUGUGCAAUAUUUUGAAAACCAAUCACAGUGCCUGCAAAUCUCUUGGUCAGCCCUACUUGGUGCAGCUUGGACGCAUUUAUCUGGACAUGCUCAAUGUUUACAAGAUCAUGUCUCAAAAUAUCAAUCAAGCAGUUGCAGCAAAUGGUGAGCAAGUGACCAAACAACCCUUGAUAAAGAACAUGCGUUCGGUGAAAAAGGCCAUUCUUAGCGUUCUUUCUUGCUGGUUCAUCCGUUCAACCGAUGCGGAUCUGGUUGCCGAGAAUUUCGUCCCGCCUCUUUUGGAUGCUGUUGCGGAUGACUACCAGCGCAACAUUCCCGCUGCACGAGAAGCUGAAGUACUUAACCUCAUGGCAACUUUGGUCACAAGGCUUGAAGAGCGCAUCUUGCCGGCCUUACCUCGAAUCCUAGACGCUGUCUUCCAGUCCACUUUGGAAAUGAUUGACAAAGAUUUGGAGGAAUACCCGGAACACCGAACAUAUUUCUUCAGUCUUCUCCAAGCUGUCAAUAGCAAUUGCUUCUCCGCCCUCUUGAGUCUGACCACAGACAAAUUCAAGCUCAUUUUGGAUAGUGUAAUUUGGGCAAUUAAGCAUACCAUGCGCCAGGUUUCUGAAACCGGUCUCAAUAUUUUACACACAAUGCUUGUGAACAUGUCAAGCGCAAAUGUGGAACAGCGCCAAGUGUUUUUCAAAACAUUCUACAUGGAUAUCCUGCAGCACAUGUUUGCAGUCAUCACGGAUCGAUCUCAAACUGGAAAUCUCACCUUGCAAUGUUCUUUGCUAGCCUAUAUGUUCAAAAUCGUGGAAAACGACGUCAUCACGGUACCUUUGAGUGAUGUUCCCGAGAACCCCAUUGGCCCAAAAGCCAACGUGCGUUACGUGCAUCAAAGUCUGAGUCAACUCCUCAAGCAGGUGUUUCCCCAUUUGCAGGAACCUCAAAUCCGCGUAUUUAUUGACGGUUUGUUCUCAUUUAACCACGAUUUACCGGCUUUUCGGGAACAUAUUCGCGAUUUCUUGGUUCAGAUCCGCGAAGUUGCGGGUCAGGAUUUGUCCGACCUGUAUCUAGACGAACGGGAACAAGAGAUUCAACAGGCUCAGGAAGCCAAGAUGAGGCGAUUAGCAGCAGUUCCCGGUAUUUUGGGUCCACACGAAGUGGAUAUGUGUGACUAAUGGUACUAUCUAUUCAGGCUGCCCAUUUCCAAAUAUCAUAACUCGUGUUUGUGCAGCCCUCACUAUCUAGUGGCUUUCUUUCGGACAAGUUGCAUUUUACUACGUUUUCUAUCAGAAAUCUGUCCGCGAGCCCAUCCGGAUUAAGACAACGUUCCAUUGGCGGUAUUCAAAAUUAAGCGCGUAUUUCAUCAUAAGAGAUGGUAUUCUUCGUUUCACCCCAUCUCGCCCCACGACACCUGCAGUACUUACACUUUGAGGCGGUGUUGAAUAGAUGUUUAAUCCCGGUCGGGUCACACACUUGCCACCAUCACACCUACUCAUAGUCAUCGAUUGCUGCUACUCUCAAUGCUCCUACACAAUCCCUACAAUCCCCGUGUAUUUUUGUGUCUAUUCAAUACGGACACCGCGUUUGCGAUUGUCUCCCGCUCCCAAACUGAAUAACUUCCAUCUGAGUUCACAUGUACCGCGG